AAGAGCUGCAGAAACACAAGGCUUGCUUUCUGUCCCCCGGCUCGGAGCGCGUCAGGGGCUGACGCUCAUGACGUCUGCAUGGAAGGCACGUGGGCUGUGGCGUUCCGAGCCCAUAAACAAAGGCACGUUGCGCUCGAGCGCCAGUUCCGUGAACGCACCGGGAAGCGAGAACGCACCAGAGGACCCGCUUUUCUUUCUUUCUUUCUUUUUGUAAACAUGGAUAAAACUCUUAAAACAUCUAGGAACGGAAAGUGAGGAAAAAAUAAAUAAAUUUAGGAGACGCACCGGUGCAACCAGCGAACUGCAGAGAUUUCACGAGAACCCAAAUCAGCAGAGAUGCCCUGCGUGCAGGCUCAGUAUGGCACGUCUCCUCCGGGUGCCAGUCCUGCGUGUCAGAGCUACAGCUACAACGAGUACAGCUGCGAUUUCUUGACGCCCGAGUUCGUCAAGUUCAGCAUGGACCUGACGAACGCGGAGCUCGCCGCUGCGUCUUCGUCGCUGCCCAGCUUCAGUACGUUUUCUGACUCGGCCGGCGGUGCUGCUGCUGCUGCGGGCUACGAGGCCAAGCCGCCGUGCCUGUACCAGCUUCCUCCACACUGCGCCACCGACCAUCUCUCGGUCAAGACGGAGGACGGAACGGCGGCGCACGCUGCUUACGCGCAUCACCACCACCACCACCAGCAGCCGCAGCAGCAGCAGCACGCAGAGGACCCCGCUGUCUCCUACUACAAGCCGUGUCACUCGGGCUUCGCUCCAGCGUGGGACGACGCGUCGUCUUUGCACGGCUUCCAUCAGAGCUACCUGAUGGAGCAGCAGCGCAAGGGCGCCGUGACGCGCUUCUUCUCGUUCAAGCCUUCCGCGUCGAGCGCGCACGUCUCCGCGUGUCAUAUGCGCUUCGACGGCGCCGCGCAGCACGGAUUCGCGCCGCUGAGGAAACACCAACAGCACCAACAGCAGCAGCACCACAGCCUGGGAUUCGCGCAUCACGGCCUGCACAUCAGUCACGGACGAGUUCUGAUGGAGAGCCCCAUGGCGUCCUCUUCGUCUCCUGCGUGCUCUCCGACCGCCACGCGUGGCCCCGCGCAUGGAGAGGGUCUGUGCGCGGUGUGCGGUGACAACGCGGCGUGUCAGCACUACGGCGUGCGCACAUGCGAAGGCUGCAAAGGGUUCUUCAAGCGCACGGUGCAGAAAAAUGCCAAGUACGUGUGUCUGGCGAACAAAAACUGCCCUGUCGAUAAGCGGCGGCGGAACAGGUGCCAGUACUGCCGCUUCCAGAAGUGCCUCGUCGUCGGGAUGGUAAAAGAAGUCGUCAGAACAGACAGUUUAAAAGGUCGCCGGGGUCGUCUUCCAUCCAAACCCAAAGGCCCCCAGGACAUCCCCGCCUCUUUAUCACCUGCCAAUCUCCUGAGCGCUCUAGUGAGGGCCCACAUGGACUCCAACCCCUCCGUAGGCCGCCUGGAUUACUCCAAAUUUCAGCCAAACCCGGACUUCCACAGCACCGGAGACGAGACCCUUCACAUCCAGCAGUUUUAUGACCUCCUCAUGGGCUCCAUGAGCAUCAUCCGUGGCUGGGCGGAGAAAAUGCCUGGCUUCAGCGAGCUCCCAAAAUGCGACCAGGAGCUGCUGUUUGAUUCCGCCUUCCUGGAGCUUUUUGUCUUGCGCUUGGCGUAUAGAUCCAACUUGAUGGAGGACAAGCUCGUGUUCUGCAGCGGCGUCGUCUUGCACAGGCUGCAGUGCGUGCGAGCGUUCGGAGAGUGGAUCGACUCGAUCGCAGAGUUCUCCUCAAGCCUCCAGAGCAUGCACGUAGACGUCCCGGCGUUCUCCUGCAUGGCUGCUCUGACCAUCAUCACAGAGAGGCACGGCCUCAAGGAGCCCAAAAAGACGGAGGAGCUUCAGAGCAAGAUUUUAACCUGCCUGAAGGAUCACGUGGCCUGCAGUGGACAUCUGUCAAAACUGCUGGCCAAGUUGCCCGAGCUGCGCACGCUGUGCACGCAAGGACUCCAGCGCAUCUUUUACCUGAAGCUCGAAGACUUGGUUCCGACGCCCGCCAUCAUCGAGAAGCUCUUUCGUGACACGUUACCGUUCUAAACACGUGGAACUUUAUCAGAGUUUUAUAUCAAGCAAAGGAGAUUUUCUUCCACUCUCCUUGGACUAAAAGCGUCCACAAAGUCUGAGAUGCAACAAGAGCUAAAGCAAAUCCAAGGAGUCACCUUUUUCUUUUUUUUGGUGGGAAAGAAAUCAUUCAUACGAGCUCGUUAAUCACUUAUUCACCUUUUAAACUUCCAGACGUCGUCAUCCUAACUCCAUAACUGCUUAUCUUUCAAUAUAAUUUCACGGUAUGCUUUUUAACUGAGUAAUAAGCUUGGAUUUGGGGUUUUAAGGGGCAAUUAAUUAAAGUUAAUCAAUGCAGUUGAAAAAUAUCCAAACUAUUUGUGAUGCAUUUAUUAAAGUACAGAAAACAUUAUCAGUGGAAAAAAAAAAACAGGAUUUUUUUUGGGAUUACACGGCAAAUUUGACUAAUUUAUUAUGACAAAAUAGUGAUGAAAAUGAUAUAUGUCAGGAAUGGAGAGAAAAUAAAACCAGAACCAUUUUUUAAAAAUUAUUAUUAAUCAUGAAUUAAUUUAGAAGUCACAGAAACUUUGGGUUAGGAGACAUCACGACCUACACAUUGUUGUUUUAUUGCUUUAUUUUUGUGCAAAACCUGUUUUUUCCCUUUGAUAACGUGAUCCCGUGAUUAAAUGAUAAGAUGGUAAGAUGAUAAGAUGACGACCGCGCCCCGACUCGAAGUCUUUGUCAUUUCAGUGAUUAAAAAGUCAAACUUACAGCAUGAAUAAGACAAAACACUUUAUUUUCUUUCUCUGAAAAAAUAUCAAAUGUCAUCUGCCUUAUUUUAUCUCUCAAAAGGUCUGAUUUAAGUAAAAAUAAAUAAAUAAAUAUAUAAAUAAAUAAGACGCAUCUAAUGAAAAGCGUCUUUGCGCUUUUGCGUUGCUGCCAAGGAAGAAAAAAGGAAAGGAAGGAAGAAAGAAAGAAAGAAUUCCUCUGAAAAAUACACAGAUUUUUUUAAAUAAGAAGGCCACGUGCUGAUAGUUUGCUGUGUUUAUGACUGAAUGGUGUACAAAGCUUUGUCAUUUUUCCCGCAUCCCCUUCUGACGCAUGGACGUGACGAGCUCUUCAACCUCUUCAUUUCAUAUUGAAAUAAUUCUUCAGUAAUAUUUUCUUCAUGUGCUCUGUUUUCUUUUCACUUCUUCAUCAUUAACAUCAUGCCGACGUUUCCUUUUUUUACUUACUUGCUUUUUUUAUUGUUUAUUAUUUUUCAAGAUGUCGUUUCUGCAUCUCUGCAUUGUGUAGCUCUUAAACACACACACACAUAUAGAAAUAUAAAGGAAGUCGGUAUGGAU